ACAGAGUAUUUCUUUCAUUAGAUUGAUAACAAUGUUUACGCGUUAAAAUUUGUUUAUUCUCUGUAAUUUUUACUUCUGUAAUUAUUCAAAUAUCAAUAUAUAAAAUCCAUAAUGCCGACAAAAACUACGUCCGUAAAGAAGAGGUUUGUAUCAGACGGUUUGUUGCGAGCAGAGCUAAACGAAUUUCUCACUCGUGAAUUGGCUGAAGAUGGAUAUUCAGGUGUUGAUGUGCGUGCUGCACCGUCACGUACAGAAAUUGUUAUUUCAGCUACCCGCACUCAAAAUGUAUUGGGAGAUAAGGGACGCCGUAUCCGUGAACUAACGUCACUCAUUCAAAAACGUUUUGACUUCAAAGAAAAGGCAGUAGAGUUAUUUGCCGAAAAGGUUGCUCAACGUGGAUUGUGUGCUGUUGCUCAAGCUGAAUCUUUACGUUACAAGCUCAUUGGUGGUUUAGCAGUAAGGAGAGCAUGUUAUGGAGUAUUAAGGUUUAUUAUGGAAAGUGGAGCCAAAGGAUGUGAAGUGGUCGUAUCGGGGAAAUUAAGAGGACAGCGAGCUAAAUCAAUGAAAUUUGUUGAUGGUCUUAUGAUACACAGCGGUGAUCCUGUUAACGAUUAUGUAAACAUGGCAACAAGGCAUGUUUUACUGAGACAAGGAGUGUUGGGAAUCAAGGUUAAAAUCAUGUUGCCAUGGGAUCAGUCGGGUAAACUUGGACCAAAGAAACCAUUGCCUGAUAAUGUUACUGUUUCAAAUCCCAAAGAAGACGACUUACCAACUGUACCAACAAGUGAUUUUAAAUCCAAACCGGAAGUUCCAGUUGUACCGGCUGCACCAGUACCUGUUGUAUAGAUUUUGUAAUCUAAAAAAUUAAACAAUUUUCGAAAAACA